CUCCAUCCCGACCCGCGCCGGGCGCCGGGACUGCGCGGAUCUCCGCGGCUCGUUGCCAUUCAAGCGGCAGCGGCAGCAGCAGCAGCAGCAGCCCAGCCCCGAGUGUAGCAUCGCGCUCCGCUGCCGCCUCAGCGCCCUGGUUCUUGAGCCCCCAGCCGGGCUGAAGGCGUUGCUGGCGGCCCAUGCUCCUAGAGGAAGUGUGCAGAUGGGAUUAACGUCUACGUGGAGAUAUGGAAGAGGACCGGGGAUUGGCACCGGAACCAUGGUCGGCUGGGGUCGCUUCAUCUGCCUGGUGGCGGUCACCAUGGCAACCUUGUCCCUGGCCCGGCCCUCCUUCAGUUUAGUUGAAGAUACCACGUUAGAGCCAGAAGAGACACCAUCCAAAUACCAAACCUCUCAAGCAGAAGUUUACGUGGCUGCGCCAGGGGAGUCUCUAGAGUUACGCUGCCCGUUGAAAGAUGCCGCCGUGAUCAGUUGGACUAAGGAUGGGGUACACUUGGGGCCCAACAAUAGGACAGUGCUUAUUGGGGAGUACUUGCAGAUAAAAGGCGCCACGCCUAGAGACUCCGGCCUCUAUGCUUGUACUGCAGCUAGGACUGUAGACAGUGGAUCUUGGUACUUCAUGGUGAAUGUCACAGAUACCAUCUCAUCUGGAGAUGAUGAAGACGACACCGAUGGCUCUGAAGACUUUGUCAGUGACAAUAGUAACAACAAAAGAGCCCCGUACUGGACCCACACGGACAAGAUGGAAAAGAGACUGCACGCCGUCCCCGCUGCUAACACCGUCAAGUUCCGCUGUGCGGCUGGUGGCAGCCCCACACCCACCCUGAGGUGGCUGAAAAACGGCAAGGAGUUCAAGCAGGAGCAUCGCAUUGGAGGCUAUAAGGUACGAACUCAGCACUGGAGCCUGAUUAUGGAGAGCGUGGUCCCAUCUGACAAGGGCAAUUACACCUGCGUGGUGGAGAACGAAUAUGGAGCCAUCAACCACACGUACCACCUGGAUGUCGUCGAGCGGUCGCCACACCGGCCCAUCCUCCAAGCUGGGCUGCCUGCAAAUGUUUCCACGGUGGUCGGAGGGGACGUGGAGUUUGUCUGCAAAGUUUACAGCGAUGCCCAGCCCCACAUCCAGUGGAUCAAGCAUGUGGAAAAGAAUGGCAGUAAAUAUGGGCCCGACGGGCUGCCGUACCUCAAGGUUCUGAAGGCUGCCGGUGUUAACACCACGGACAAAGAGAUUGAGGUUCUCUAUAUUCGGAAUGUAACUUUUGAGGAUGCUGGGGAGUAUACGUGCUUGGCGGGUAACUCUAUUGGGAUAUCCUUUCACUCUGCAUGGUUGACAGUUCUGCCAGCUCCCGUAAGAGAAAAAGAGAUUACAGCUUCCCCAGAUUACCUGGAGAUAGCCAUUUACUGCAUAGGGGUCUUCUUAAUCGCCUGCAUGGUGGUGACGGUCAUCGUGUGUCGAAUGAAGACCACGACCAAGAAGCCCGACUUCAGCAGCCAGCCGGCCGUGCACAAGCUGACCAAGCGCAUCCCCCUGCGGAGACAGGUUUCAGCCGAGUCUAGCUCCUCCAUGAACUCCAACACCCCGCUAGUGAGGAUAACAACACGCCUGUCAUCCACGGCCGAUACCCCAAUGCUGGCAGGGGUGUCUGAGUACGAAUUGCCAGAGGACCCGAAGUGGGAGUUCCCCCGAGAUAAGCUGACGCUGGGCAAGCCCCUCGGGGAGGGUUGCUUUGGGCAAGUGGUCAUGGCUGAAGCGGUGGGAAUCGACAAAGAGAAGCCCAAGGAGGCCGUCACUGUGGCCGUGAAGAUGUUGAAAGACGAUGCCACAGAAAAAGAUCUUUCUGACCUGGUGUCGGAGAUGGAGAUGAUGAAGAUGAUUGGAAAACACAAGAAUAUCAUCAAUCUUCUGGGAGCCUGCACUCAGGAUGGGCCCCUCUAUGUUAUAGUUGAGUAUGCUUCCAAAGGCAACCUCCGGGAAUACCUCCGGGCCCGGAGGCCACCCGGCAUGGAGUACUCCUACGACAUUAACCGUGUUCCUGAGGAGCAGAUGACUUUUAAAGACUUGGUAUCCUGCACCUACCAGCUGGCCAGAGGCAUGGAGUACUUGGCUUCCCAAAAAUGUAUCCAUCGAGAUCUAGCAGCCAGAAAUGUGCUGGUAACAGAGAACAAUGUGAUGAAAAUAGCAGACUUUGGACUGGCCAGAGAUAUCAACAACAUAGACUAUUACAAAAAGACCACAAAUGGACGACUUCCGGUUAAGUGGAUGGCUCCGGAAGCCCUUUUUGACAGAGUGUACACGCAUCAGAGUGACGUCUGGUCCUUUGGGGUGUUAAUGUGGGAGAUCUUCACUUUAGGGGGCUCGCCCUACCCAGGGAUUCCCGUGGAGGAACUUUUUAAGCUGCUGAAGGAAGGGCACAGGAUGGAUAAGCCAGCCAACUGCACCAAUGAGCUGUAUAUGAUGAUGAGGGACUGCUGGCAUGCUGUGCCUUCCCAGAGACCAACGUUCAAGCAGUUGGUAGAAGACUUGGACCGAAUUCUAACCCUCACCACCAAUGAGGAAUACUUGGACCUCUGUCAGCCUCUCGAACAGUAUUCUCCUAGCUACCCCGACACAAGGAGCUCUUGUUCUUCAGGAGAUGACUCUGUAUUUUCUCCGGACCCCAUGCCUUACGAACCCUGCCUGCCUCAGUUUCCACACAUAAAUGGCAGCAUUAAAACAUGAGCGAAUGUGUUUUCCUGUCCUCAGCCAGGAACCUACCUACACUGAGCAUGGAGGCCAGGCUUCCCCGAGCCUGCCGCCUCCACUUGUAUAUACGGAUCAGAGGAGUCAAGGAUUGGAAAUGUAAUCGGCACAUGUGGAAAGGGUUCUACAGUUUGAAAACAUGUCUUCUUUGCCAGGAGAAUGUUUCUGGAACCAUGGACAGCCGCCAUGUCACCCUCUGACCCACCACGGGGACUGGCUAGGACCCAAAUGGACUCAAGGCAGACACCCACUGCCUUCCUUGUUAAUUUUGUAAUAAUUGGAGAAAAUAUAUUUCAGCACACACUUACAGAGCACAAAAUGCAGUAUAUAGGUGCUGGAUGUAUGUAAAUAUAUUCAAAUUAUGUAUAAAUAUAUAUUAUAUAUUUACAAGGAAUUAUUUUUUGUAUUGAUUUUAAAUGGAUGUCCCAAUGCACCUAGAAAAUUGGUUUUUCUCUUUUUUUUUAAUAGCUAUUUGCUAAUUGCUGUUUUUAGACAGAAUUUCUUAAUUUUCACCUAGCAGAGGUGGGAAAGAUACUUUUGCUUUCAGGGAAAAUGGUAUAACAUUAAUUUAUUAAUGAAUUGGUAAUAUACAAAACAAUUAAUCAUUUAUAGUUUUUUUGUAAUUUAAGUGGCAUUUGUAUGCAGGCAGCACAGAAGACUAGUUAACCUAUGGCUGGAACUUAACUAAUUGUCAGAUCCUUUGAGAAGAGAGAGAUUUAGAAUAUAUGACUAAUCUGGGGGGAAAUGGAGUUUUGAUUAAUUUGUGUUUAAACUCUGCUGUCAGAUGAUUGUGCUUAAACAUCCUAAAUGCCCGUGUUACAGGAACCCAUUUCUAAGAGGGUGUUUGGUUUUGGUAUGCAGCUCAGUCUUCAGGCCAAAGCAACAAAGAUUCAAACUGGUCCAAAUGACACCAGCGUCCUCCUUCAAGAUGCCUUAAUCCAGUCUUUGAGUUUAGACACCUCAGUGGAAAUGACAGCAGAAUGGGUUCUGUCCGGCAGCUGGCUUUCUGCCCUUGAAUUGUGCAUUUCCCAGAUUAGUCUGUGCUUUCUCCCAUGGAUUUUGAUCAUGGUUUCCAAGUUCUCUGGCAUCAGAUAAUAGCCUUUGGUGAUUUUCGAGCCCUAUCAGGGAAAAUUGAGACAUAAGGAUCAUUCUGCUGAGAAUGUGGAGAAUCCUUCCAUCUUCCUAUGGGAUUGAUUGCUUCUGUCUACUUUAGACGAGACCUCACCGAAAGAUCUGGCCUGAUACCAAUAUCAGCCUAAGUACCACCAUGUCGUGAAUUCCAUAUUAACAUCUGGUUUGCCUUUGGCAACACCUACUCACUUUGCUAUAGCCACGCUACGUGAAUGCAGAUCACACUGAUUUUAUGUGUUACAAAAUUGGAGAAAAGUAUUUAAUAAAGCCUGUUAAUUUUUAUACUGACAAUAAAAAUGUUUCUACAGAUAUUAAUGUUAACAGGACCGAAAUA